AUGCCGGGAGUGAGGCUCCGGCCAAUCCCCGCAAGAGGAAGAAGGCCUCCCGUGCGUAAGUGUCUCACUCUCUCUCCACCACUGACGUGUCACUCAUACCCAUCUCAUAGUUGUGACUUCUGCCAUGUCAACCAUCAGCCAUGUGACAAUGGCAAGCCAAAAUGCAGUGUCUGUACCAAACAUAACAAGCCAUGUUUAUAUCUCCGUCCAACCAAGAGACGUGGUCCCCAAAAAGGCUACCGUACUGCUCUCAACACCUACAAGGAGAGUGCCGCCGCAUGGGGAGCUGUACUGGACGCCAUCCCUGGACUUGACGCCCUGAUAGAAGGCCAUCUACGAGGAGCCGCCGGGAAGAGCAUGAUAACCGCUAUCAAAGAUUCCAAUCAGCAGGAAGCCUUGAUCAGCAAGUGGCAGCAGAGCUCAGUCUUCAAAGCCUUCUUUGGUCACAACGGCCCAGCACCCACUCCACCCACAGAGAACAACAACAACAACAACAACAACAACAACAACAACAAUAACCAGACCACAUUAGAUUCCAAAAACAACAUUCUACCAUCACAAGAAGUCGACGAAGAAGACGCACCAGAAGAACCACCCGCCCGGCCACCACCAGCAAAGAGAGCCACACUCCAACCACCCGCCCCAAGAAGCCAAUCAGCAUCAAGCUACGUGGUACCAGAACAACCAAGAACUCCAAUACAAUUCCCCCAACUGGGCUCUCCCUUCCAACCAAAAGAUUCCGCCAGCUUAUCAGACAUUGUAGCAAAAGAUGCUGCCCAGGCAGCCAUGAGGACCUCACAAACCCUCGCCUCUCUAGGCUUCGCCCCAGACGAAACAAUAGCAGAUUUCUACAGCAUGGGCUCCAACCCAGAACCAAUAGCCGACUCCAACGACCCAGACUUUGACCCGUCGCUCGGCAGCGAGUCGGAGCAGAGGGCUUAUUACGAGUUGCUGAUGGGGAGGAUGUUUCCUGGGUGA